CGUGAGGAACGACAGUUUGGUUUCCGAGCGACCUUUGCGAUGGGGAAGCGAUUGUGUUAUUGGUUAGCGGUGAUAGCGGUGCUGUGCGCGUGUGGACAGUAUGCUGUGCCGGGUGUAAAUUCUGCCAAAAUUCUCAGUAUUUUCCCAACCACAUCGAAAUCUCACUGGAUACUGGGUUCGGCGCUCAUGAAGGAGCUUGCACUCGACGGUCAUGAGGUGACUGUCAUGAGUCCUUUUCCGCUGAAAAAUGCACCCAAAACAUAUCGACACGUCGAAAUCACCUACAACUCUAGCUUAUUUGAUGAUAUCAUGGAUGAGGUGUUUGAACAUGUGGAUGAUAAUUUCUUUCAAUCGAUGAAAGAAAUCGUACCAUUUAUCGAAGAUAUCGUUAACAGUACGCUCACAUCGCCCGCGGUGCAAACGUUGCUGAACUCGGACGAAACCUUCGAUCUGCUCGUGAUGGAAGUGUUCCUCCACGACGUGUUCCUGGGAUUUGCCGAUCGUUUCAACUGCCCCGUGGUCGGAAUGUCCACGUUUGGGGCAUCGACUUGGGUUAACGCGCUUACCGGCUCACCGCAGCCCCUUUCCUACGUACCACAUCCGAUGACAGCCUUUACCGAUCGAAUGAAUUUCUGGGAACGGCUUGGGAACGUGCUGUUUACCACGUUCGAAGAGACACUGAUGAUGGCCGCCGGUAUACCGAUCCAGCAGCAAUACUACGAUAAGUUCUUUCCCAAUGCAAACCGCUCGUUUUCGGAAAUGCGACGCCACGGUGUAUCGUUGAUUCUGCUCAACAGUCACUUCAGCCUGAGCUUUCCACGACCCUAUUUGCCCAAUUUAAUCGAGGUCGGAGGAUUCCACGUCAACCGGAAGGUGAAUCCACUGCCCGAAGACAUCAAAACAUUCAUCGAACAAUCGGAACACGGCGUUAUCUACUUUUCGCUCGGUUCCAACCUGAAACCUUCGAAGAUGGAUCUACAAAAGCGAAACGAUGUCAUCCGGGUGCUGUCGAGUUUGAAGCAGAACAUCAUCUGGAAGUGGGAUGAUGAUACGCUCGUGCUGGAUCGGAGUAAAUUCCUGCUCGGUAAAUGGUUCCCGCAGGAUGACAUCUUGGCCCAUCCGAAUGUAAAACUAUUCAUUACCCACGGUGGUCUGCUGAACUGCACGGAAUCGAUCUACCACGGUGUACCGAUCGUGGGGAUUCCAAUCUUUGGCGACCAACUGCUGAACAUGGCCCGGGCCGAGGUAUCGGGCUGGGGUGUUGGGGUGGCUUACACCAAGUUAAAUGAAGCCACUUUUUCGAAAGCAGUCACGGAGGUGUUGAACGAUGAAAACUAUGCCAAAAGGAUUGCAGUAAUAUCUCGCCGAUUGCGUGAUCAACCGUUGGCACCAAUGGAUAUGGCCAAGUUCUGGGUCGAGUAUGUAUUGCGGCAUGACGGAGCAACGCAUCUGAUAUCAUCGGCGCAGGACCUUAGCUUUAUCGAAUACAACAAUCUCGAUGUGUACGGUUUUAUAGUGGCCAUAGUAGGAGCGAUCGUACUGCUCAUUGUUUUAGGAUGCAGAAAACUCAUUCGCUGCAUUAUGCCAAAGAAAAAAAUCAAUUCUAAAAAGAACAAUUAAAAUGCACAUCUUUACGAUGCAUUCGCUAUUUUCUAUCGAAUAAA